CCGGGGCUCCGCACAGCUCUGUGUGGGCAGAAGGGUUUGUCAAGGCCACCCCAGCAUGCCCCAGAAACACCGGGAAGAAAUUGACGGUGCAGCGACGGCCCAGAGUCCGCCGUCAGGGCCGAUUUUAGAGGGUCUCGUGGGCUGUUUAAUCCGCAGAUGUUUGUUUCCCUGAUGGCACCUUAAUGCCUGAGUGUCUGGGCUGAUGUGUGUGAGAUCACGCUUGGGGAGACCCCUGGCACACACUGGCAUCUGCCCGCACUCACCUGUUCCAGUGAGGGGACGGUAGAGUGUCUACCUCAGUAGGGAGCUUGGAGAAGAUGAGGAGACCCGACCACACACUUACUCAGCGCUCACCAGGCCCACGUUUCUGUACCAUCCAUGCAGGCAUUAAUACAUCUGUCCUUCCAGUGACCCUGAGAUAAGCGCUUUUAUGAUCCACUCCUUUCAGGUGAGGAAAGGAAGCACGGGGUGGUGGUUAGCAGAUUUUCCAAAGACAGCGAGGCAGCAAGUCCCAGAGCCAGGAGUCCCACUCUUCACCUCCACACCCCCCGUCUUCUGAAAGCAGUGACAUUUCCCCCACAAAAGUCCAAGGAAGAGAAGUCCAGGACCCAGAGAGUCAGCAAACUCCUGCGUCAGAACUGGAGCUGAGGACCCAGUCACACCUUGUCCACAGGGACUGCCUGGCAGUCUCCUCGUACAAGGAGAAGAUGAAAGAGCUGUCGGUGCUGUCACUCAUCUGCUCCUGCUUCUACUCACAGCCGCACCCCAACACCAUCUACCAGUAUGGGGACAUGGAGGUGAAGCAGCUGGACAAGAGGGCCUCUGGCCAGAGUUUUGAGGUCAUCCUCAAGUCCCCUUCCGACCUGUCCCCCGAGAGUCCUGUGCUCUCCUCCCCCCCCAAGAGGAAGGACGCCUCCCUGGAGGAGCUGCAGAAGCGGCUGGAGGCAGCUGAGGAGCGGCGGAAGACGCAGGAGGCGCAGGUGCUGAAGCAGCUGGCGGAGCGGCGCGAGCACGAGCGCGAGGUGCUGCACAAGGCGCUGGAGGAGAACAGCAACUUCAGCCGCCUGGCCGAGGAGAGGCUCAACUACAAGAUGGAGCUCAGCAAGGAGAUCCGCGAGGCGCACCUGGCGGCGCUGCGGGAGCGGCUGCGCGAGAAGGAGCUGCACGCCGCCGAGGUGCGCCGGAACAAGGAGCAGCGUGAGGAGAUGUCCGGCUAAGGGGCCUUCCGGACACCGCGGCGCCUGGAUCCCGAGAGGAGACAAGAACACAUCUGGGUUUUCGUUUUGCUUUGUCCGACUUUGUCUAGAUGCAACUUUUACUCCCCCUCCUCCCUCCCCUCCUGCACUCCCAGCUUCAGCUUCUCUUUCCGCGCUCCCAGCUGUCAGGUCCUUGUGGCAAGGCUUUGACCACAGGCUCUCCCUGGAGGAGCCCCCAGGGUGUGGCACAGGGUCCCUCAGUUCAAGCCCCAGGCUGGGCGGCGGCUGGGUCCCCUCUCGGCAGCCCUGUUAGUGGACAUGGUGUCAACCUCAAUAAAUCCCACGAUGGUGGCAGGAA